AUUAUUUGUUAUUAGUGUUAUUUUACAUUAAUUGAACUGUGUAAAAGGUGCAUUCAAAAUGCCCAAGAAGUUUGUUGGCAUGAAUUCAAAAGCUUUGGAAGCUAAAGCUCGAAAAGAUGCUAUUAAGCAAGAAGCAGAUGCUAAAAAAAAAAAAGCGAUAGAAGAUGAAUUUUGGAAAGAUGAUGACAAGAAUUCUAUCAAAAAACAAAAAAGAAAGGAGGAAAAAGAGAAAAAAAAAAUUGAACAAAUCGAAAAAAAACGAGAAGCACAAUUAUUACUGGAAACUGAACUUAGUGAAAUUAAGACAACUUCAAUUAACCAAAAAAUCACUAGGCAUCAACUUAUGAAAGAACUUGAAACUCCAUCAAAUCCUAAGUCAAAACCAAGUCAACCAACAUUGGAUGUAGAAAGUUCAAUUGAAGAAAACUUGAAUCGUUUGACUGUACAUGAUGAAGAAGCACGAACAGUUGAUGAGGCUCUUAAUAUGCUGAACCCUACUCAAAAGUUGUUGGAUAAACACCCUGAAAAAAGAUUAAAAGCAGCAUAUACUGCUUUUGAAGCAGAGAAUUUACCAAGAUUACGUAGUGAAAAUCCAUCUAUGCGUUUAUCUCAAGUAAAACAACUUAUGAACAAAGAAUGGAUGAAAUCACCGGAUAACCCUAUUAAUCAGAGAUAUUCCAAUAAAAAUUAACUUGAACUGCUUUUGAUGAUACAUAUAGAUAACUAUAAUUAGGUACUCAUAAUUCUUUGAAAUGAAAUAUGAUUUACCUAUUACAACUACUAUGUACAAUGUAAAAAAAAUGUAUUUGAAAAAAGUUGGUACUGUAUUAUAAGAUAAUAGGUUAAUAAACUUUGUUCUGUGGUAUCGAU